GGCGCGUUUGAUUGGGGACGGGCCAAUGGCGGCGCCCUUGCGGCACUUCCGGCGUGUCGCGGCGAUGUGGCGAUGGCGGCUCCCGGGGCCGCUCCGGGCCGGGGGAGGUCCCGGCGGCGUCGCGGUUCCCCGGGCGGGGCUCAAGAAGCUGGCGCUGCCCCCGGAUUACAGCGGGAUCACCAUCCCGGAGAAGCCGAAGCUGAAGUUCAUGGACAAGGUGCCGGCGGUGCCCAAAGUGCGGCGGGAGCCCCGGCGGCUCCGUGACAUCCGUGGCCCGUCCCAGGAGGCCACCGACUUCACCCAGGGGCAGUACGGGAUCCUGGCUUUGGGCGGGGGGUACCUGCACUGGGGCCACUUCGAGAUGAUCCGCCUGACCAUCGGCCGCAGCAUCGAUCCCAAAUCCAUGUUUGCCGUGUGGCGCGUGCCCGCCCCCUACAAGUCGGUGACGCGGAAAAGCCUGGGACACCGGAUGGGGGGCGGGAAGGGCCCCAUCGACCGCUACGUGACGGCGGUGAAGAGCGGGAGGCUGGUGCUGGAGGUGGGCGGGCGCUGCGAAUUCGGGGAGGUUCGGCCCUUCCUCGCCCGCGUGGCCCAGAAACUGCCCUUCCCGGCCGUCCCCGUCAGCCGGGAGAGCCUCCAGGAGAUGCGACGGGAAGAGGAGGAGAAAAGGCUGAACAACCAAAAUCCCUGGACUUUCGAGCGUGUGGUGACCUCCAACAUGUUGGGGAUGAGGAAGUACCUGAGCCCCUACGACCUGCAGCUCAAGGGACGCUACUGGGGCAAGUUUUUCCUGAAGCACAGAGUGUGAGGAGCGUCUGGAUUGGAUUCCUUUUGGAAUUAAACUUUUCACAAGA